AUGGAACAAGAAGGAUUGGAGGAGGAAGUAGAACCAAGGCAGAGGGAGAUAAAACAGACUGAUACAAACCAAGCCAUACUAAGACAGCUUGAAGAACUUAGAGCAACGAUGAAUGACAGUAAUAGAAGAGGAGGAGGAAGAAUGAAGUUGGUGGAGGCAACUGAAGAAGCAGAGCGAUCACCAUUUUCGCAUGAGAUAUUACAAGCACCUUUUCCCACUAAGUUUACCUUACCCAUAUUCUCCAGCAUCUUUGAUGGGACAAGGAACGCGAUACAACACAUGAAGUCCUAUAACCUUACAUUACUGCAAUGGCUCCAGUAUAAAGCGGUAAUGUGUAAAUACUUUCCUAUGAGUUUAACGAGAGAGGCCCUAUCAUGGUUUGACAAUCUACACGAAGGAUCUAUAACCUCAUUCGCACAAUUACAAAGGUUGUUCCUGGAAAAUUACAUAAGCAACAACCUGUUAAGGGCGGGAAUUGAAACUGCAUUCGAUUUGAAGAAGGCACAUGGAGAAAGUUUGCGAAGUUUAACUGCGUGCUGGAGAACCAAAUGCGGCGAAUUAGCAGGACGAGUGUCAGAACGAUAUUUGAUCCUCGUCUUCAUCAAUUCUAUGUACGCAACCGACCUCUUAUACAUAGAAAUAUUCCGACUCAAAGAUAAGCUCACAAUGCAAGAACUGAGGGAAUACCAUGAGGAAUACAUUGCAUUGGAAGAAAAGAAGUGGGAAAUGGAAAUCAACACGACCGUCAUCACAGCUGCGAAAGAGAGAAGAGCGAGAUUGAUACCGCGAAUGGCAGGAAGUGUAGAGUGCACUGGACAGGGAAGACUGGUGAAAGAAAACACUGUGAGAGAAGUAGCUUUGUCUGGACACGAUAAAAAAUGGUUCGGGAGAUAA